GAUUAAGCUUUUUCUUACAUAUAACUGAAGUAUAACCUAGUCAACUCACCACAUUCGCAUACACUUUUGCCUGAACUGAGAACAAUGGCGGAACAACUCACCGAGGAGCACAUCGCUGAGUUCAAGGAAGCUUUUAGCCUCUUCGACAAGGACGGUGAUGGUUGCAUCACUACUAAAGAGCUCGGAACGGUGAUGAGAUCUCUCGGACAAAAUCCAACUGAAGCUGAACUGAAGGAUAUGAUCAACGAGGUUGAUGCUGAUCAAAAUGGCACUAUCGACUUCCCCGAGUUCUUGAAUUUGAUGGCAAAGAAAAUGAAGGAUACUGAUUCCGAGGAGGAACUUAGGGAAGCUUUUAAGGUUUUCGAUAAGGAUCAGAACGGCUUUAUUUCUGCAGCUGAGCUCCGGCAUGUGAUGGCGAAUCUUGGGGAAAAGUUGACGGACGAGGAAGUGGAUGAAAUGAUUCGUGAAGCAGAUACAGAUGGUGAUGGACAGGUGAACUAUGAGGAGUUUGUAAGGAUGAUGCUAGGAAAGUGAUGGCAGUUGCUUUGUUGUUGAGUCGGGGGAGAAAUGUCGUCCCUCCCGACUGUGUAAACUCGCUAUUACUUUACUGAGACUUGAUAUAGGUUCUUUAUAUUCUGUUUGAGCAA